CCAGCCCGUUUGACGUUCCGCUGCUUCUUUCAUUUCCAGCUUUGCCGCUGAUCUCCAUUUUCUUCUUCAGGCCCGACACACAGGAAAAGGGGAUUACACUCGUGAAGCAAAAUGAAUGAAGAAUACGACGUUAUCGUUUUGGGAACUGGACUUACGGAAUGCAUCCUGUCUGGGAUCAUGUCUGUGAAGGGAAAGAAGGUCCUGCACAUGGACAGGAACUCUUACUACGGAGGAGAGAGCGCCUCCAUCACCCCUCUGGAGGAUUUGUACAAGCGCUUCAGCUUGCCCGGUACCCCUCCUGAGUCGAUGGGGAAAGGUCGUGACUGGAACGUGGACCUCAUCCCCAAGUUCCUCAUGGCAAACGGUCAGCUCGUGCGUAUGCUGCUGAUCACACAGGUGACGCGUUACCUGGACUUCAAAGUGAUCGAGGGCAGCUUCGUCUACAAGAAGGGCAGCAUCUACAAAGUGCCCUCCACCGAGACUGAGGCUCUGGCAUCCAGCCUGAUGGGGCUGUUUGAGAAGAGACGGUUCCGGAAGUUCCUGGUUUUCGUAGCCAACUUUGAUGAAAACGAUCCCAAAACUACGGAGGGUGUGGAUCCUAACAAGACCACCAUGCGUGAGGUUUACAAGAAGUUUGACUUGGGCCAAGACGUCAUUGACUUUACAGGCCACGCCAUUGCACUCUACCGCACAGAUGAUUAUCUGGAUCAGCCUUGCCUAGACACAAUAAAUAGGAUUAAGUUGUACAGUGAGUCCUUGGCGAGAUAUGGGAAGAGCCCAUAUCUUUACCCACUGUAUGGUCUGGGAGAACUGCCUCAGGGCUUUGCCAGAUUAAGUGCCAUCUAUGGAGGAACCUACAUGCUCAACAAGCCAAUUGAGGAGAUCAUUGUAGAGAAUGGCAAAAUAGUAGGCGUCAAAUCUGAGGGAGAGAUUGCCCGCUGUAAACAGCUGAUUUGCGACCCCAGCUACAUCAUGGACCGGGCCAAAGUCGUCGGCAAGGUGAUCCGAUUGAUCUGCAUCAUAAACCACCCCAUUAAGAACACCUCAGACUCCAACUCUUGCCAGAUCAUCAUCCCGCAGAACCAGGUCAACAGGAAGCAUGAUAUCUACGUGUGCAUGAUCUCGUAUGCGCACAACGUGGCAGCGCAGGGUAAAUACAUCGCCAUCGUCAGCACCACUGUGGAGACUAACGACCCUGAGAAGGAAAUUAAACCAGCUUUGGAUCUGCUGGAACCUAUUGAGCAGAAAUUUGUGAGCAUCAGUGAUCUCUAUGCUCCAACCGACUUGGGAACUGAUAGCCAGAUCUUCAUCUCUCGCUCCUACGAUGCCACGACCCACUUUGAGACCACCUGCGAUGACAUCAAGGACAUCUACAAGCGCAUGACUGGCACAGACUUUGACUUUGCCGAGAUGGAGCGCAAGAAGAACGACAUCUUUGGCGAUGGGGCCGACCAGUAACAGAGCUCUUAACGUUGUUGAAUAUCAGAUAUUCUGAAGAUGGUAAAUCUUUAAAGGGGGGGAAGAAAAUUUUGAAGAAAAAAAAAAUGGUAACCAAAAUGGGCUAGCUGAUUAUCUCGUAUUUUUUGUUGUUUUUUUUUUCUUUUCUUUCCAUAAAGGAAUUUCGUGUAUACAGUUACAGAUUUAGCAUAUAUAAAGGGGAGAUGGGUCAGGCGGUCUGCUUUGUAUAAUCAGGUUAUGUGACAUAUUGCACUGAUUGUUGGUUGACGUCCUGUAUUCAGUUGCCAUCAUUGUGUUUUCACCCUGUUCACACAGGGAAGGCAUUUAGUCCAAAGAUGCCAAACCAUCAGAUGUACUCAAGUGAUAUAAAGGCACAAGUACCAGAGUGAAUUAAAAACACAGACGCAGAAGUAUUUUUUUUUUAUAUAUAUAUAUAUAUAUAAUUGUGUACAAAAACUUACAGAUGACCUCUCAAACAGGGGUGUCAAAAGUUUGCUUGAUUUUUAAGCUGCGAUUACCAGCUUUUAAUGCCAACCUCAUAUGAUUCAAUACGUUGUAUUUUCUUACAGAUCGGUGCUUUGACUAGUUACUGCACUGUAGCUAGCAGUAUGUCCAAACCUUGCUUUGCAAACAUUAGGGAUGUGUCAAGAACGCCAAAUUAUAUAUAAUUUAUUAUAAUAAAUUAUAUAUAAUUUAUUAUAACCUCUUCCUUUAAUAAUACUUAUCCAAUCACUGAUACACUGAUAAACAUUUAUACAAAUGAGGAUUAUAUAUAUAUAAAAUAAUUACACACAACACAAAAUGAAGACUUUGGCAUAACUGUUAAUAGGGAUGGGAGUUUGUGGGUUUUGUGACUUUUGCCUUUACAACUCUGUUAAGAGGCAGCGUGUGAUUCUUGGGCCACCAGUCAACAUCAUAUGUUCAUAGAAAAGAGACUUAACGAUUAGCUCCAACCUUUUUAAAAGUACACAUUUUUUGCACAUUUUAGUUUGUGUGGCAAUUAUUACCUUCAAAAAGCCUCUAGGGUUUGUAUCUGCCUCCAGGUUUAAAACGAGCACUAGAGUAGUGUGACGAGGGGUUUUAGAAGAGGUAACAUUUGCUCUGUAUUGUUCCUUUUUAAAAGCAGUGUUUCAGUCAUUCUACGCCCCGUAGAAGCCUUUUGGAGGGAAUUUUUACAACACUAAAGUGUACACAAAAUGUUUUUGAUGAAAUGGUCAGAUUUUUCUUUAACGUUAGUCUAUGAAGCUGCUCGAACACUGUGCUCUUAUUUUAGCAGCCGAGAGAAAAAGCCCUUGAAAAAAAAAAAAAAACAUAAGAAAAGUGGCCUAGUAUCUCCUUUAUAUCUCUUUUGCUUUAGAAAGGACCAAAUGUCUACUGCAGUAUUGAUGUGGAAGGCGCCCUGUGCAAAAUGUCGUCAGUGUUUUAAUGAACGAAGAACUGUGCUGAGAAGAUGGGGCUCGAGUAAUUUCUGUACUGCUAAAGUAAAAACAUUAAGUAAAAACAUGUGAAAUCGU